GACUGACAUUUCAAAAUUGUGUUUUCAUCUUGCUUACAACUUUUUUGGCACCGGAAGGAAAGACGGGGAUUUAAUACAAGGCUGGUAUAUAUAAGGAAUUGAGUACAGCCAAUAAAUGGUGACGAGUCGAAGCUCCGAAAGCGAAGACAGUUUGCCCCAAACCGCCGACGAAUCCGCUUGCCAAGCUGGAAUCAGCGCCAUGAAUAGCUUCACACAUGCGGUCGAGUUUGCCCACGACGAGAACCUUUUGAGGAGUCAUGCGAAUGUGUCCCACCUGUCGGAAUUCCUGGCCUUGCUCACCCUGAAGUCAUUCGAUGAACACGAUGAGGAAUUCCAUACUUUUCACGAGAAACUUCAGCAAUUUAAGCGGGAAGCGGAUCAGCUGGACUCCAAUUUCGAUUCACCCGAUUAUUACACCAAGAAGGAGGACUUAAUCUUCAAGGUCGUAUGCGAAAUUAAGGGUAUUGACCAUCAGCAGUGGCUUAGAGAUGAACAGGGAUUUGUGGACGGUGCUUCGCUAGGCGAUUUUCUGGAGAACGAGUUUGUUUGCGAUGACGUUUGACAAAUCGCCACUUGAAUUUAAGCUCAUAGAUCGAAGCUCUUAUUAAUUUUAAUAAACAUUUAUAUUUUAUAUGCAA